AUGCACCGAUUCCUUAUCGUCCUGGCCUUGCCACUCCUCGCCUUCGCCGCUACUCCAAAUGAGAAGCUGAAGCAGUGCUGUGCGACGUUGAAGGACGCUGAUAAGGAGUGUGUUGACAGAUUCUGCGACUUCAAUGCUAUUUCUCAAGCUAACAUCCUCAACUUCAUGUCGACCUGUGGAGAGCGUGGACCAACUGUCGGACAAAUGUGGGAUUGCGCCUCCCUCCGUCACAACCACGAGAAGUGUUGCAUUGACAAGGGAGUCUCCGGAGACUGUCUCAAGUACUGUACCGCCCAUAAGGGAGCCCCAUCCGACUACCUGAACUACGCUUUCUGUACCGAGAACUUCAACGAGAUCCGCGAUUGCUUCCACGAGCAUUUGGAGAAGAACGAGCCAUUCAAGAAGUUGUAA